AUGUCGACGAAAGUACUUAAAGCGCGGCUUACUGGGUUGAGGACCAAACGUCAAGAGAUCUUCAUUUGCAGUGUAGAGCGCCUACGAGGAACCCGUGCAGAUCUUGGCGCUGAAGCUUCGGUGACUUUCUACGUAGCACCUCAAUGCCAACUCGCUAAACCAAGACGGCGAAGUCAAGUAGCGAUUGCCUGCUUAUCGGAACCAGCGAAAGUCGGGAAAAUCCAAGCUCCGUCCCGGCACGUGGCGGCGACCAAUCGCGAGCAACGGGGCCUUCCUCCGGAGAUAUACUGGUGGCUUCAAGAUUUUGGGCUCUUCAUUUCCUAUGGUCUAUUGAAGCUUUCUUGGUCUCUCAAGUUCGCGUCGUCUGGCCCGCGUCGUGGCCACUCGAGUGUCACCAUGUGA